UUCGCUGAUAAGUAGAGCAAAUAUGGCGGCGCCCAUGAGAGCAACACGUUUAUUUGUAACAGAUUGGCGUAGUGUACGGCGGUUCAGUCUAUCAGCAGCACUCAGAUCACCGCAGGAUGAGAAGAAAUUUGACGAGAGAAUGCUCCAGUACUUGGUGUGCCCUGUCUCCAAAACACCAUUGAGAUACGACAAGGAGAACAAUGAACUGGUGUGUGACAAUAUGCACGUGGCGUACCCAAUAGUGAACGGGAUCCCCAACUUAGUGCCAACUGAUGCUCGUAAAAUAACAGAAGUCACAAAAGACACAUCUACAGACAACAAAAACCAGCCAGAAACAUGAUGAGAAGAAUAUAGAUCAUUUAUUUUCACAUUUAGUGACUUACAAAGGAGAGAAUUUUGUUUGGCAGUUUAAGUGUUUAUUAUGAAUACCAAAAAUAAUUAUAAUUCAUUCAUUCAA